GCGCGCGCUGGGAGCAGGACCGGGAUGGAGCGGUUCUGUGCGAGGAUGAUAAAUAGCACACCCAGGGCCAAGUCGAAAAACUGUCGCCGUUCUACAUCUUUGCCCCCUGAGCCUCUUGUUUCGCAGUACAUCGAGCAUUUCAACACGAAUCCGCACCAACUGGUUAAUAGUUAGUUGCUGGCAGUGAUGAGGUUUCUUGAAAUUGCCGUCCUUGGGGCGCUCGCCUAUCGCGAAGUAUCGGCUGCGGACAGCUGGGCUACUAGCCUGCAUGCGCGCAAGCAGGAUAUAAUGGAAGUUUGUCCAGAUUAUGUCGCAUACUCGCAGACGAAACAGUACGUUUACCUCCGAGUGAACCAGUGGAUAGAUAUCAAGUGUCGCUAACUAUUGCAUUUAUUUAGUCCUCCGUACAGCGAGGGCCCUCUCAAGCUAUCAUAUCAGCGACCUAUACCAGAGUGCCGGACGUUCUCCUCUCCCUUGGUUGAGAAGGUGAUAAAGGACAUCACCUCACGCAUGGUCGACAAAGAUCUCGCUCGGAUAUUUGAAAAUGCGUUCCCUAACACACUUGACACAACUGUUCGAUGGCAUGUCGAUGGCACAGAAAAGAAAAAGCGAAGUUCGAAGACAAAGCGAGCAGGCGGCGUAUGGGAAGGCCCCCAGUCGUUUAUCGUCACUGGUGAUAUAAACGCUGAGUGGCUUCGGGAUUCAACGAACCAGCUGGCGCAAUACCAGAAAUUGGCGAACGGAGACCCUAAAAUAAAGAACUUGAUACUGGGAGCUAUAAAUACGCAGGCCGAAUUUGUUAUCCAGUCGCCAUACUGCAAUGCCUUCCAACCUCCUCCCCCAAGUAAUUUACCUCCAACAAACAAUGGGCAGAUGGACCAGGUUCACCCUGCAUAUGAGCCAAGCGUCGUUUUUGAGUGCAAAUAUGAGCUUGACUCUAUUGCUAACUUCCUCUCUCUCGGAAACCAAUUCUAUGAGGAGACCAGGUCAAAGAAUUUCUUGACGCCCAGGUGGUAUGAAGCUCUAAACACUGUUCUACGAGUAUUGGACGAGCAGAGCCAGUCUACUUUCAAUGAGAACGGGCAAUAUCGACGCAACGAGUAUACCUUCCAGCGACAUACCAAUGCUGGUACGGAGACCUUGAGCCUGAUGGGCGUUGGCAACCCGCUAGGAAACGGUACUGGGCUUGUUCGCAGUGCUUUUCGACCAAGUGAUGAUACCUCCAUCCUAGGAUUCUUCAUACCGGCUAAUGCAAUGAUGUCUGUUGAACUAAAAAGAACAGCGGACACUCUAUCCAAAGUCGGAGGAGAUAAAGACCUGAUUCAAAAACUCAAGCGAUACUCUGAACAGAUCCGGGAAGGUAUCUACAACCAUGCAGUGGUAACACAUAAAGUCUGGGGUCAAGUGUUUGCUUUUGAGGUUGAUGGCUACGGAUCAAACAUUCUCAUGGAUGAUGCCAAUCUCCCUUCAUUACUAGCCCUGCCGCUGCUUGGGUUCGUCGAUCAAAAUGACGAGAUCUAUAAAAAUACCCGAAAAAUGAUUCUCUCGAAAACUGGCAACCCUUACUACCUUACUGGAUCAGCGUUCCAUGGUAUUGGUGGGCCACAUAUUGGUCUACAGAAUGCCUGGCCGAUGUCCGUACUCGUACGUGCUCGGACUGCAAACUCCGAUGCUGAAGUUAUGGAGUCCAUCAAUAUGGUACGUGAUUCGUGUCUUCUAGGUCUAGUCCACGAGAGUGUGGACGUGAAUCGUAUCGCCAAAUACACACGCAGCUGGUUUGCGUGGGCAAACAGCGUCUUCGCGCAAACCAUUCUCGACCUGGCGGAGAAUAAACCACAUUUGAUAUUUGGUAAAGGCGCAAAGCCGUACAUAAUUUCCUCUGACGCCCAUAUUUAGUGAACGAGUAAUUUUCAAUUACUUCAAUUGCUUUACUACUGCUUUCGUUUAUGUCCUCUCCUUUUUGAUACCAACUUUUUCCGUUCCUGUGACACAGCAUCCUAUCUAUUUGCUUUAAAUACAGCUUAUUUUAGUAAUUUUAUUCAUUACUAUAGCUAAGUAACUAAGCAGCAUAAUUAUAUCAGCGUCUUCUCCCUGCAAACCGUGAUUAGUAGCUUCGCCUUCCAUUCCCUCGGGGCUUCCUACGUCUCCAAGUUUCAAUUCUCGACUGUGAAUACUACCUGCGCGAUACCAAGAAUUAGAUGCCUGAAAAUGUAUUGAAGAAUUAAGACUAUUUAGGAUGAAUUAGCUCAAUGCCUCUGUAUCCAGAAAUCUGCACAGAUAUAACCAUGAAACA